AUGGCAAGAAUACUUGAAACCACGGAAAGUCGUGUCGUCGAUCCUGGGUUGUGGGAUUCGAGCAGUGACUGGAAACAGGCUUCGAAACUUGAUGGCCAGCCGCUGAGAGAUGGGAAGAUGGUAUUCUUUGUUUCAAACUUGACCAGAAAUGGAACAGGUAGUGAUAAACAAAUCCAGGCUCAUAUAUUUGGAAAUGAUUUCUUUGAGACAAGAUCACCGACAAAGAACUUCAGCACCAGAUUGGGCGUCCUUGAGAAGGGUUGGGCCAGCCAAUUGAACAAUACCACAAAGACGAAUCGAGGUCGAGGUCGAGGUUGUAAUGCGAGUGGCGCGUAG